AGAGAGAGAGAGGGAUCGAGAGAUCGAGAAACAAACACUGAGCGCUGACCGUGAGGAAGAAAGGAAGGAUCCUAAGGUUCCUCCAGUCCUUCUUACAUUCAACUUCAGGGAAACCCUUUUUUUAUUUCAGGGGAACCGAGAGACACCGACAGAAAGAAAGGAUAUGAAAAAGAACAUGAAAGAAAGAAAUCGUUAUUAAACACACUACGAAAUUCUCUCUUUCCUACCUUCUUCCUUCUUUUUGCACCUCUCUCCAAUUUGAUCUUAAAUCUACUCCAUCUUCCCCUGAGGGAUUUCUCUCUGUUCCAAUAGAAGCAGAACAGGAAGAGGCCGUUCCUCCUGAAUCCCGCCUGCGGGGUUAAAUCAGGGUCCCUCUCUGAACAUCCUCUCCUCUUCCGUCAUGACGUUGCUGGCCUCUGAGAGGUCGCUUCUCAUCCGGAACAAAUUCCGCUCAGUCCUGCAGUUGAGGAUUCAGAACCGAAGGCAGCAGAAUGAAAUCAAUGCCGACUCUGGGUUGAAAUCUACCUGUCCCUCUCAAAAAGGAGAGAAAUGCCAGAGUGAAGCUCUGCGUCUAACUGAUGACGGUGCCACUCAGAAGUCGCCCCCUGGUGGUCUGAACACUGAAACUGCACAAGUCAGGAGUGUGUGUGGAGGCCAGAGGGAGAAGAAGACCAGGCUUGCGGAGGACCUCAGUGAAGUGAUCCACUGCCGGCAGGGUCCCCUGGACCUUCUGCACAAACACGCCCUGCCCCUGGAGAACUACCCUGUCUCCUUCCCCCACACCUCUGAUGUCUUCGAAGAUGACAUCUCCUCCUACUCCUCCUCCUCGUCACCCGAGCAACUCGGGGUCCACCAAUCUCCAGCCUUCUCCUCGUCGCCAGGGCUCUCAGGCGACCAAUCACUAAGUGACCUGUCACCUUUGGGUCCGCCCCUUACCCACAGCCCCACUCACGCUCAGCCUGGCUUGGCGUUGCUCCCGGCAACCGAGGGCACCAGCCAGCCAAUGAGCAUGACCGUGGCUGAUUCAAACUCCAUGGCAACAACCGGGAGACCAAAAGGGAUGUAUCUGACCUCCCAGAACACGCCCCUGCUGCCAAAGACAGCGCUGUCUCCCAGCUCCCCCUCCCCCUCCUCCCUGUUCUCCUCCCUCUUGUCCACCCGUCCCUCGCGCCCACGGAAACCGCGGGAUUCCAUACCCAAGAUGAGGAAACUCAAGUAUCACCAGUACAUUCCUCCCGACCAGCGAGCAGGGGCUGCAGGGGGGCCGGCCGCUCAGAAGAGCCCUGUCCCCGCCCAGACCCUUGACCCCGCCUACACACGCCUCCUCCAGCAGCAGCAAGUGUUCCUCCAGCUGCAGAUCCUCCAGAACCAGCAGAGCCAGCAGAACCAGGGCCCACAGCAGCAGAACCAGCAGAGCCAGCAGAACCAGGGCCCACAGCAGCAGCUCUCCUUGGCCCCCAGCGGAGAAGCCAAUCAGAUGGUGAGGUUCCAUGGGGCCACGCCUCAGCCAGUUUCCACGGUAACAAACCCCACCCUGGUGGAUACAGGUCCCACCCACAAGCCAGAACUACUGCCUGCUAACCUCGUUGACAUGACGGUGUCAGAUUUGCGGCAGCAGCUGCGUAAGCGAGGCCUUCCUGUAUCCGGCACCAAGCCGACUCUCCUGCAGAGACUCCACCCCUUCCAGCUGCCCCACACCUGCCUCACCCCCACCCCCAUCAGCCAGCUGGGCCCCAGCCUGGACCCCCUCACCCCGCCCUCAUUGCCACCCACCAACCGGAGCCCAAACUCCAGCCCCGGCUCUGGACCGGACACCCCCAGGAGCCCUGUCCAGCAGGUCGUGUACGCCCAGCCCUGCGGACUUCCUAAUGGAACUCCCGGCGGCGUUCCCACUGGCAUUCCAAGCGGAGUUCCAAACGGAAUCCUGAAUCGUCUUCCCCAAGGGAUGUCGGUGAGCGUGCGUGGGGAUGCGCGCGGCCUGUCCGGCGCGGUCUUCCUGGCCCCCGCCGCGACGCCGUCCUCCAGCCCCAGCCCGGGCCUCCCCCUCUCCUCCCCAUCGCCCUCGCCCUCCUGCUCCUCGCCCCUGCAGCAUGUCGCCCCCUGGCGGUCGGAGCGGGAGCAGCACCAGCACCAGCACCAGCAGGAGCUGAGCCUGGAGCUGGAGAUGAGGGAGAGGAUCAGGAGCCGACCCAGGGAGCGGGCCUCCAGGACGGGCAGCGAGGCUUGUGGAGGACCUCUCCAUCUGUUUCUGCAACAGGAGCCUGGAUGUCCUCGGGGGAAACCUGAGGACGGUCAGACCGAGGUCCUCUUCACCCAGGUCUUCUGCUGCCAGCCGUGCGACGUGAUUGGCCAGGACUUUGAGCUGCCCAUGCAGAUCACAGCCAGCCCUGUCCCAGCCCCGCCCAGCGUCCGCAGUCUGGAGGAGGAGCUGCAGGAAGCCAUUCAGAAAGCACAGAUGGACCCCAGCCAGUCCAUAGACGACAUUCUGGACGAGCCAAUCAGCUGUGUGGAGUCUCUCCCCGCCUCCAAGUCUGAUCUCCAAUCCCCAGUCAACUGCUUUCCGGUCCCCUCCCCUCCUUCCCAAUCCGACCAAUCCCAGCCUUCCCAGCGCCAUUCAAAGGAUGACAACUUCCUGUCCUCGCCCCUGUGCUCCUCCCUGCUGCUCGAGCUACCUCCGUCGCCUGCGACCACGGUUACGCCGCAGGCGGCCCUCGCCCCCCUCCCCCCGCCCCCCCUCUGCUCCUCCCCGCUCCCCUCCGCCGUGACCUCGCGGAAAAGGCGGGCUCCGUCGAGCUUUGACCCUGCCGAAUGGCUCGAGACGCUUACCUCCGGGCUCCGCCCCCUCAGCCCUCCAGUCGCCCCGUUCGUAGAGACCGACUUUGGGCUCGACUCAGACCUGAACGUCAGCCGGGUGCUGGAUCUCAUGGUGGAGCAGUGGUGAAGGCUUAGCCGUGUCGCUGUGUCAAUGUCUGUGAGUGUUCGUCUCUGUGUGGCGUUGGGUCUGGUCGGACAUGAGGAGCGUGCUCACCCUAAAGACACUGGAUGAACACCAGGAUGGGUCAGCUCUCUGUCCCCUCUGUCUGCUGUUGCACCCGUGUUGGAGGGCCCGCGAGUCUGGCGCUCCACGCAACGUGGAGAGCCAGGCGCCGCUGACCUGCUACAGCUGUGCAACGACAGUGCAAAGGGACGUCCACACUCUCACAUGCAAAACAUGGUCACACCUGCCCCCCCCACACACUCAAACAUUGUCACUCACACACACGCGUACGCAUAAUGCACGCAAACACGAUCACACACACACACACAGACACUGUUUGGAAAACACUUGGGGUGAGACUGACACAACAAACAAACAAUGCAUCUUUGGACUGACACCCUCCAAGAACCAGUGUUUGCAGUGUGAAACUAAAGGAAAGCCAAGUGUAUAUUAAUUGAAACAUGCAUCCUGGAUGCUGUGGGAGGAUGUGGGUCCGGGAAAGAAAAAAAAGAAA